CGCCCCGUCCCGUCCAGUCUGGCCUGGAUGAUUGAAGGAACAGGUCUUAGUCGCCGCCAGCUGAACAGCCUGUCCUGGUGCCCACCCCGGCGCCCUGUCCCGCAUCGAGUCAUGACCCUGCGCCCCUCACUGCUGCUCCAGCUGCUGCUGCUCAUUGGGGCGAUGUGCCGGACAGAGGCUGGGGUUGAAACCGAAAGUCCUGUCCGGACCCUCCAAGUGGAGACCCUGGUGGAGCCCCCAGAACCAUGCGCGGAGCCUGCUGCCUACGGAGACACGCUUCACAUCCACUACACGGGCAGCUUGGUAGAUGGACGCAUAAUUGACACCUCUUUGACCCGUGAUCCUUUGGUGAUAGAACUUGGCCAAAAGCAGGUGAUCCCAGGGUUGGAGCAGAGCCUUCUAGACAUGUGUGUGGGAGAGAAGCGAAGGGCAAUCAUUCCUUCUCACUUGGCCUAUGGAAAACGGGGAUUUCCACCAUCCAUCCCAGCGGAUGCAGUGCUGCAGUUUGAUGUGGAGCUGAUUGCACUGGUCCGAGCCAAUUACUGGCAAAAGCUUGUGAAGGGCAUUUUACCUCUGGUAGGCAUAGCCAUGGUGCCAGCUCUUCUGGGCCUCAUUGGCUAUCACCUAUACAAAAAGGCCAACAGACCCAAAGUCUCCAAAAAGAAGCUCAAGGAAGAAAAACGAAACAAGAGCAAAAAGAAAUAAUAAAUAAUAAUAAUAAAACAAC